GUUGCCGUGGCGACGCGAGCGGCCGAGCCCCCGGGCGGCUCCCGGGGAGACCCCCCGCGCCGGGCGGGCCCGGGCGGCGGCCAUGCCAGUGCGUGCGGCCGGUGCUGAGUCAGGAAGAGGCAUCCCCAAAUCCCCCUCCGAGACCAUGGAGGAGCUGGAACACACCUGCCCACAGCCGCGCCUGACUCUGACGGCACCUGCUCCAUUUGCAGAUGAAACAAGCUGUCAGUGCCAAGCACCCCAUGAGAAGUUAACCAUUGCACAAGCCCGCCUGGGAACACCAGUUGACAGACCUGUCAGAGUGUAUGCAGAUGGAAUAUUUGACCUCUUCCACGCUGGCCAUGCUAGAGCUCUUAUGCAAGCCAAAACUCUAUUCCCAAAUAGCUACUUAUUAGUAGGAGUUUGCAGUGAUGAUUUAACUCAUAAAUUCAAAGGCUUCACUGUGAUGAAUGAAACUGAGCGAUAUGAAGCCCUCAGACACUGUCGUUAUGUGGAUGAGGUCAUCAGAGAUGCACCCUGGACACUGACACCUGAGUUCCUUGAAAAACAUAAGAUUGACUUCGUAGCACAUGAUGACAUCCCGUACUCUUCCGCUGGCUCGGAUGACGUAUACAAACACAUAAAGGAAGCAGGAAUGUUUGUACCUACGCAGAGAACCGAAGGUAUCUCCACGUCGGAUAUCAUCACUCGGAUCGUCCGGGACUACGACGUGUACGCCCGGCGCAACCUCCAGCGAGGAUACACUGCCAAGGAGCUGAAUGUCAGUUUCAUAAAUGAGAAGAAAUACCGCUUUCAAAACCAAGUGGACAAAAUGAAAGAAAAAGUCAAGAAUGUGGAGGAAAAGUCAAAAGAAUUUGUUUACAAGGUGGAAGAGAAGAGCCAUGACCUCAUUCAGAAAUGGGAAGAAAAGUCCAGGGAAUUUAUUGGCAACUUUUUAGAGCUGUUUGGACCUGAUGGAGCUUGGCACCCAAUGGCCCAAGGAGCUCCUUGCCUGCAAAGGGCAUGGCUUACUGAUCCUGCUAGGGCACAGCUGGAGAGAAGAGGUGUUCUGAGGCAGAAGCAGAUGUUCCAGGAACGAAGCGGCCGAAUGCUCCAGGCUUUUUCUCCCCGGCAGAGCCCAAACAGCAGUCCUACGCGAGGCCGCUCUCCAUCCCGUUCUCCAUCUCCACCCUGGGUCAUCAAUAAGACCUCCCCUCCCUCUUCUCCAAAAGCUGCCUCUGCCUCCCUCAGCAGCAUGAGCGAGGGAGAUGAGGAUGAAAAAUAAAAUAUAUAUUUUUUUAACCAUGAGACAGAAGAACAAGCUAUGAACUCAACCACUGGAUGGGGAGAAGCGUGAGGAGCACCAGGGGUAUCUCUGGCAGCAGGGAUCGUGCUCUGGGAGAUGUCAAAAAUGAACUGGAGCACAGCAAGGGAGAUCUCAGGAAGAGCUUAUCCCAUCCCCACUCCCUCACGGUGCUGGAGGCCCAGCCAGCAGCAUUUGCCAGGCACAGCCCCGGGGACUGACAGAAAAACACACCCAUGUGCAAGUUCCUGCCCCUGUCUUGCUGCUUUCCAGCUGCUGCUCCAGGCCAGGCCUGUGCACCAAGGGGGGCUGGCAGGAGGAGCCCAGCUGGCUCCUGAUCGAGACCCAGCACACAGGGAAGUGCUGGCUGCAGCCUGCAGAGAGAAGAUGCAAUUGUACCCUGCUGACCUUGAGCUCUUCUGGCACGUGAAGGAAUGGCAUUGCUGCAGCACAUGUAUUAAGAAACUAGGAAUAAAGUUGGGUUUUUUUUUCCUUUUGAAUAACAUCUGUCCCAGAGGCCAAAUCAUGCACUGAAAUGAAGAGCUCUCCAGGCAAGUUGGUGGAAAUCCAUUUAACAUAUUCAGUGCUGCUUGUUGACCAAGCCUCUGUGCGGGGUGUACAUAAGGAGUCGGGCUUUUUGCUUUAUCAAAUCACUCUCCAUGUUCCUAGUGCCUGAACAACUGCCUAAUCACUUCUGGUUUGCUCCCUGGCUUUGCACUUUGAAGGCAAGAAAGUAAAUGAAAAGAAAGCCAUAGCUGGAAUGUGGAAUGUAGGAAAUAAGACAGUUUGAAGAUGCUGAUGGUUUUUACUGGUGAAUUAUUAAAAUAUCCCAAGGCCUUGGGAUGUGGCCUCUUAGGAAAACCUGCUGCUCCCAGCUAUGUAUCAGCAAAUGAUGAGCAAACUACUAUUGUCACAUGGUACUCAGCCAGUACAAACUUCUCAUCAAACUCCAAACAAGAUGUGUUCACAGACACACUACCCUUGCAGAGGAUCCCAAGGCUAUUCCUCUAAUAUGGAGGAAAAAAAAUGAAAAAAGGAAACUUUUUGAACAGGAUUAGGCACAACUAUGUUCUUUCUCUGUCCAUGACACGUGUACAGCCUGAAAGCAGAAACACAAGUGAAGCUCUCCCCUCAAUGCUGAUCUUCCUAGCUGGCAAAGCCAGUCCUGCCUGACAUCUGGUUCCACGUUCAGUCCCUCAGCUGACAUCUGCUGAGGUGCCUGCAGGAGCUGGCAGGAUUCCUGAGCCCUGGGGCUGCUCCAGCCCACAGCUGCAGGAAACCCCCAGCACUGUGGUGGGGCUAUGCCACUGAUGCCAUUUGGCUCCCAGGCUUGCCUGGCACAGCUGUCUCAGCACACAGGCACAUUUGAGGCUCUGCGGCCCAGCAGUAGCUUUGGUGCCAGGCCAGCAGGUCAAGGCUGCCACUGUCCCUGUCUCACAGGCAGCCUGCUGGGCACAGCCUUGGGCAGCCCGAGAAGGGGGCUGCAGCCACAGCAACACUCCUGUGCCACCACUGCCUGGAACAGCAAACCAGGACACGCUGACUGCUGUGUGCAGCACCAGUCAACAUUUGCUGGUUUCCUGCACAGGCAGCACAGGAAAUGCUGGGAGAGGGAGGGCUCCACAUCUCUCUAAGAGAAAAAACGGAGGGACCAAGAUGCCCAAGCAUGUGAGGUGGUUGUGCUUGCCUGCAGUAGCACCCCCUGGCUGCUGUCCUUACCUUGCUGGGUGACCUGUUUGGUCGGUAGACACCUUUCCAGACACUCUUCUGGGCAAGUAAAUUACAGACCUUAGUACCAGGCACCAAAUUAGCCCCACACUCUGCUCACUCCCUACAGCUUUCAUCCCUCCUCCACUACGAGGUAACUGAUUUUUCCUUGGCAACACAUUGCCAGACACUUCUCAGACCACCACAAGACCAAGUACACAGCAUCUCAUGCACUUUGUCUUCUGGAGUCAAGCUAGUUCCUUCACAGAGCUGCAAAAACAGGUGAGCAGGAAAUAGGGUGGAAUGUACAAAGGGAUAGCCACAGAUAUUUCAGCUGCCACCAGCUGUGUGCCUGAUGGGACGAUGCAAUUAAGACCUUUCUCAGCCUUAGGCAACCUGUUACUGUAAUUUCAUACCUGGGAUGCACUUGUUAGUUUUUCUGAUCCUUUGCAAAUCUUAAGUCUUCCCAUCACAAACCACUCCUCCACCAUAGGAACUGCCUGCUUCUACUGGUGCUGUUGUACGAGCCAUAUCCAAAUGCAAUGGAGGUGGGCAAGGAUUUUUUCUUAGCUUUUACUGUUGUUUUUUGUUCAUUUUACUUUCCUAGCACUUACUGUUCAGCAGCCCUUGCUCAGUGAUUUGAGUGGAGACAGCACCACAACUUGUACAUGGGAACUAGAGAAAAACUCACCAGUGACCUGUUUUUAACAGAAGCUGUUUCUCAGGGUCACAGGUGGCUACCCAGCAACAAAGCCAUAUUCUGUACCAGGUUUCCUGUUUGGAUUUAGGAUAUCACUAAGCUGAAGCCUUUGCCCGGGUGGUACAUUCAUGUGCUGUCUCCAGCAAACCAGAACCUCAUGGUGUCUGGACAUGUGGAAGGCAAUUUUGCACUUCUGAGUCAUGGUUGGGUUUUCCUUUUCAGAAGUAUUGCUUUAAUUCAGUCCUAUUUAUCAGCCAAGCUCCACAUGAACAAUAAAAAGUGUAUGACAGA